AUGGGUCUCCUCGCGAGUUGCAAGAGAGUCGGCUUAAGAUUGGUGCGAGCUGUGUGCGGAGGUGCUGAAAGGAGAGGAAGUACGGCGGAGAGAAAGGCAGCCUUGCAGUGUGAACUGGGCUCUCGCGGGAAACAUCGCGGGAAACAGAAGCCAGUUGUGACGUCUGCGCCGGAAGGGCAGAACGAGGCCGGUCUUGAGAUACGUGCCCGGGGACAAGGUACCACAAUUCAGGAUCUUGACACGCAGUGUCUUUCCCGCAUUAUGUGGCACUUGCAGGAGGAGCACAUGGUUUGCUUCGACGGCCCACCCUCUCCGAACGAAUCCCUCAAGGCCUGCUCUCUGGUGUGCCGUGAGUGGCUCAAAGCGGCCAGCUAUGCCAAGAAGACUCUAACCCUACGGGGAGGGGCCCAGGUUUCCGCCCUUCCCAAACUCCUUUCUCGUUUUCCAGACCUCCAAGGUGUUCAAUUCCGGGAUGUUCGGAUAGAACUAGAGCGAGGGCGCGGAGCGAAAACUUCCGGUAGCCUGAAGAAGCGGGGAAAGCGGCUUCCGGCAGCUUCCGCUGGUCUCUGCGACCUUCCGUUGGAGUUGCUGGUGCCCAGCUGUCGCCGUUUGAACUUCUUGAAGCUGAUCAAGUGCACGAAAGUUUCAGACGCUGGGCUUAACGCAGUUAUAAGGGGAUGCACAGCCUUGCUAUCCUUGCAAUUAGAGAAGUGCGGGGGAUUCAGUGGGGCUGCGUUCGAGGGCGUUCAGUGUCAAAUACAAGGACUGGUGCUGGACUCCUGCUGUGAUCUAACAAGCGCGGGGCUCAAAGCAGCUGCGGCCGCAUGCCCAUCCCUGCAAACCCUCUGCAUUACAAAUGACGGCGAUGGUCCUGAUCUAUCCGCCGGAGUUGAGGGCUUUGCCAAGUGGUGUCCUGGCCCCGUCCUGGCUUGCAGUUGCCAGAUCACAGACAGCACUCUGCGCAACUUCGUGGUCGGUUGCCGCCUGCUGGAUGAGGCUGUCAUAUACUUUGAGGACGGCAUCACAGAUGAUGGAGUUGAUGCCUUCAUGACGGGCUUGCCGAGCCUGAACCGCGUCAAGCUCCUGUUGAACCGCCAGCUUUCCCGCAAGGGGUUACUGCUUCACCGCGUGACCGUCCGAUAA